ACUUCUGGGAUUUGUGGUCCCGGGGAAAGGAUUGCGGACGAGAAAGGAGCUGAGAGUUGCCGCGUCCCUGCUCGCUUCUCCGGACGGUUCGGGCGCCCCAGGUCAGCCAACAGCCUUUCUUGGGCGACCUGGCACCUACGGCAAGCAGGUCAGAAGUGGAUUUAUUUAGAAACACACUCCACAGACAGAGUGUGGGCCAUCUCAGCAGAAUGGCUUCCUUUGGAUGGAAAAGGAAGAUUGGUGAGAAGGUCUCAAAGGUCACUUCCCAGCAGUUUGAAGCUGAAGCUGCUGAUGAGAAGGAUACAGUUGAGAAUGAUGAAGGGAACUGGCUUCAUGCCGUUAAACGGAGGAAAGAAAUUCUCCUUGAAGGCUGUGCUGAGAAAAGUAAACAGCUGAAGGACGAAGGAGCCACUUUGGCUGAAAAUAAAAGAUACCGAGAGGCAAUUCAGAAGUGGGAUGAAGCACUACAGUUAACCCCAAACGAUGCUACCCUGUAUGAGAUGAAGUCACAGGUCCUAAUGUCUCUUCAUGAAAUGUUCCCAGCAGUUCAUGCUGCAGAAAUGGCUGUCCAGAGAAAUCCACAUUCAUGGGAAUCUUGGCAAACUUUGGGACGUGCUCAGCUUGGAUUAGGAGAGAUAGUCUUGGCAAUUCGAAGUUUUCAAGUAGCCCUUCACAUCUAUCCAAUGAACCCUGAAAUAUGGAAAGAAGACCUUUCUUGGGCAAGAACGCUCCAGGAGCAGCAGAAGGUAGCACAGAAGAUUAAAAAAAGUGAAGCACCAGCAGACGUAACACAAUUCUCGCCAAAGUCAAUUCCUGACUAUGACUUUGAAAGUGAUGAGAUUGUUGCUGUUUGUGCAGCUAUUGCUGAAAAACAGAAGACUGUUGCAGCAAAUAAAACAAUGGUUAUUGUGUCGGCUUCUGGGACUGUAGAGACUGUGACUGAGGAGGAAGACGGUGCUGCACCACCUGAUGGCUCUGUUUUUAUCAAAGCCCGAUGAAGCUUAGCAGGAGUCAUUUGAAUCUAUCUUUGAUUGAAUCAAAUUUUAGCCAUGGGGGCAUUUAGUCUUGGAGAAACAGGGCAAAACUCCUGUUUAAAAAAUAAGUUUUUCAGAUGAGGCAUAUAAAAAUGGAAGAAGUAUUGUGUAGUGUUUGAAUUAUGCUUUGAUAAGCUACGAUUUCAGCUUCUUAAGGUUAAAACUCUGAGUACAGUGGUUUUUUAAUUAAUAAGCUUAAUUUAAUCCAAAUAUGUAAGUGAAUGCAUUUUAAAGAGACAACUUGAAAAGUAAAUUCUCAAAUAGUGAAUAACUUGAUGGCCAGUGUUAUUAAAAUAUUAACUUGUUGGCUUUUGUUUUAUGAUAAAGGAAGUAGGCUUCUUUCCCUACUAGAAAUAUACUGCUGUUACUAUUCACUCUUCUUUUUCUCUUGUGUCAUUAGAGUAAGUCUGUCACAAAGCUUGAAUCUUUUUGACAUUCAUUUUGAUUCAAAGUUGUCAUUUGGUUAUAUGUGGGAUCCUUGAAAGUUUGGCUUUCAAAAAAUGCAUGCAAAUGUGUACAUUCUGAACAUCUUCUGAUGUUUCUCUUAAUUCUGUUUGUGCUUUUGUUUUGACUUUAUUAUAACAAUGGUAGUUGCCACUUUCAGUGUUUGUUAGAUGUGUGAAAUACUGAUAUAUGUCAAAAUCAUGGUUUUAUUUUUUAAAUUAUUAAAGUAGAUAGAGUAGUCCUUAGCACCAAGGGAGUCAUUUUUAAGAUGUGCAUUUUUAAAAAUGAAUGGCUCUUAUAGAUACAUCAUAACAAAUUGCACUGUUACUGUCCCAGUCAAAAGCAGUAUUUUCUUUUCCUUAUUUUUAAGAUUGAAAACCUUGAAAAUAACUUAUCUCUUGCUAUAACUUUCCAGCUGAUGGUUUGGAAUUCCUUUUCUAGUUAACUUUUCUGGAACUACUCAGUGAAAUGAGAAACAAUCACAAUUUUAAAUAGCUAAAUUAUACCUUUCUAAAAAUUGGGGGAAAAAAAAAGUAGAGAUGUUAUUGAAGUGCCAGUGAGUGGAUGCCUUAGGCACAACAUACAUAGAAACUGACAUGUGAUUUAUGGUUCAAUCCCAUGAGUAGAAAGGAUCUAUUGAAGAAUAUAUUUCAUUGAAAGGCCACAGUCACAUCCACAAAUCAGUUCUGUCAUUGCUAAUAUUAUUUUUAUGCUACGUAUAUUUUAGUACAGUUAAGUAGAACUGCUGGGUACUGUUACUUCUGAAACUCAGGACGCUAUUAUUGGUUUAAAAUUUAUUUUAUCCUUGUUAGGAAGUAAGUUACUUUAUUUUAAGGAAUCUUACCUUACCCUCUGGGAGUAUGUACGUGUGAUGGUCUACAUCAUUGUCUGAGAUGAUUUAAAAACAUUUCUUUUAGUGGAAUGCUUACCUCUUUUCUUCAGAGUUGGAGAAGCCAGCAUUUGCCUUGAAAAGUAUUAUAUUUUUUCCCCAAAGUUAUAUCAGAAAGUUAGCUCUGGUUAGAGAAGUUAGUUUUAGAAAGAUCCAGAAAACAAAUAUUAAUUAUAUUUUAUUUUGUUUAAUAAGGCAUAUUCUCUAGUUGGGUAUCUAGAGAAGUGAGCACUUACUAUUUCGUAUGUUGUUUUGGGUAACGGAUGUUUAUGGUGUAAUUUGUGAGUAAAUAGGUUUUUUCCUGCAUUUAAAGGUUUGCCUAUUAUUUUGUGUUGUUAGCUUUUGAAAAAAUAUUGAUUUAUUUAAUUUAGUUUCUUAUGUGAAAAUAAAAUAUGUAAGGCACCUUGUAUAGUGUCUCAUAUGUGAAGUACUCAGUAAAUGCUAGCUAUUUCUAUGAAGAACUUGAAUUGGUUUUAUUUAACCUCACUUUCUUCUGAUUUUAAGUAAGGAGGAGAACUUCUUUGUAAUCUUUUCCUUACCUGAAAGUGAGAAGUCACUACUUCUGAUACUAUAGGAUGGAUGGCUUUCAGUUGAGGACUAUACUUGGUAUAAGGUCUAUACCUUGACCCAAAAGAAGCAAGACCCAGGAUGGAGUGCAUGUAGCCACUAGAUUCUGUUUAUGAACCUAGUGUUUCCUCUGCAUUGACAUCAGUAGGCCAGCUUUGUCUCUUCCUUACACAGAGAUAAGACAUAAGAUGGUUUAGAUGCAGGGUGGAGGAGAGAAAGAAAUAUUGAAUUAUGGAGGAAGGCAGCUCAUUUCCUCAGGUCGCAAAAGAUGCUUAGCUAACACUCUUCUGGGUGUGAAGAGAAAAAUGCAUACAUUGUUUUAUAAGGAUGUGAAUAGUGAUCUUUUUUUAAAAAUUUGUUUAUUGGGUGCGUUGGAUCUUCAUUGCUGUGUGCGGGCUUUCUCUAGUUGCGUGAAGCAGGGGAUAAUUUUUGUGGGGUGUGGGCUUCUCAUUGCAGUGGCUUCUCUAGUUGCAGGGCAUGGGUGCUAGGCGUGCAGGCUUCAGUAGUGGUGGCACGUGGGCUCAUUAGUUGUGGCUCACGGGCUCUGGUGCACAGGCUUAGUUGCUCUGCAGCAUGUGGGAUCUUCCUGGACCAGGGCUCGAACCUGUGUCCCCUGCAUUGGUAGGUGGAUUCUUAAACACUGCGCCACCAGGGAAGUCCUAUGGUACUCUUAAGUAUGAAAUCAGCUUUUAAAUUGAUGUUAUAUGUCAAAACUAUAAUGAAGACUUUAAAUUAAAAAAAGCUUUGUCUCAGAAAGCUAGAGUUUCCAGGAUUAAUAACUGACCAGUUUGAAAAUUAUACUUUAUAUAAUGAUGUCAAAAGCUUGUUUCCCUGCCCUUCCCAGCAGUAGGAAAUUGUCAGUCAUUUCUCUAAUUUCAGGUUUCAUGAGUCAGAAGCCCUUCUAAAUUGACUCUGGACUUUGAUUCCAUGACAUACAUGUAUCUAAUGAGUUGUGAGUUGACACAAGAACCAUAGUUCUAUAAUUAUCUUCAAAUCAAUAGGUAUAUUAAGUGUGUUUUUCCUCAGAGGUUGUUAUGAAACUGAUGGUGUAUUUUGUAAUUGAUGACAUUUUAGGAUUAAGAAAGUAAUGUGGUUUUUUUAACCAAUAAUAAAAUACACAAAUUUGUAAAUGAUUUACUCAUUACCAAAGUAAAAUGAAAUAUUUCACUUUAGCCACAUGCAAUUAAAUAUGUCAACUUGAAUGGAAGAGAAGGGAUGGCCCUAUAGCCAGUGUACCAUGAAUUGUGCCUUACUGUGUGUUGUGUGUGAACCUCACUUGCUGUGUGUGCCAGGGUGGAAGGAAGUAUUAGAAAUGCUGAUCUACACUUUACUGGGAGGGUAGAAGGUAGGGAUGGCUUUUUUUCCACAGUGCUGCUUUGGACAUCCAUUAACCAAGGAAUUCAAAUCUCUCCCUUUCCUCCUUCCUCUCACCUCCCUAGUAAAGGGAGUUUAAGAUAAAGAACUGGACAUACAAGCUCCUUUCUGCCUUUUUUUUUUUUUGGAUGUGUUAUGGCUGCAGACAGCCUAUGUUGUGGUCUCUUGCCAGAAAUGUUGUAGGUUUUGCAGUGAAGACUCUCUGUCCUUGCAAGGGGAGACCUGUAGUUGUGCAGGAUUGCCCAUGUCUUGGUGAGCAUGUCUGUCUAAUUCUGCUUUUGAUAUUAGGUGGCCAUUGUUGUCACAAACUUAAAUCACAUCCUCUAACCUAGACUUUUUCAGCAAUAAAUCUGACAUAUUAAAUCUCUACAUGACUUUUUGUCUCUCAAGUGGCUCAAAAAGUCAGGAGGGGAAAGGGAUGUUAUUUUUUUUUAAUUAAUUAAUUAAUUUAUUUUAUUGGCUGUGUUGGAUCUUUUUUGCUGUGCGCAGGCUUUCUUUUUAGUUGCGGUGAGUGGGGGCUAGUCUUCAUUGUGGUGCACGGUCUCCUCAUUGCUGUGGCUUCUUUUGUUGUGGAGCACGGGCUCUAGGCGCGUGGUCUUCAGUAGUUGCAGCACAUGGGCUCAAUAGUUGUGGCUCAUGGGCUCUAAAGCACAGGCUCAAUAGUUGUGGCACACGGGCUUAGUUGCUCCACAGCAUGCGGGAUCUUCCUGGAGCAGGGAUUGAACCCGCGUCCCCUGCAUUGGCAGGCGGAUUCUCAACCACUGCGCCACCUAGGAAUCCCAAGGGGUGUUAUUUUAUGACUCCCUCAAACCCUAACAAAUAUUAAUUCAAAUUAUAUUUCAAUGUAAGCAUGAGGCAAAAACCAAAUUUUUUCUAAUUUUAGAUUUUUUUUAGAUCAUGGAAAUUCUAUUGAAAACGGGUGAUGUUACUUACAAGGCAACAUGCAAACAUUUGUUCAGGAUAUUUAAAAGGUCUACUGACUUAGCAUUGUGCUAGACCACAAUAUUGACUCUAGAUUUAAUUUGAAGGAAAGAAUAUGAAACAAUAUCUCUGCCCACCCUGUCAACAUUGAGUAUAAUUUACAUAUAAUAAAGUGCACUUGUAAGUUUACAGUUUGAAGAGUUUUGACACCAUUACCAUCAAGAUGUAGAGUAUUUCCAUCACCUAAAAAAUUCUCUAAUGCUCAUUUGUAGUCAGUUCUCUCCACCUCAACAACCAGCACUACUCAACUACUAAUUUGCUUUCUGUGACUAUAAAUUGAUUUGACUUUUCUCUAAUUUCAAAUAAGUAGAUCAUACACUAUAUACUCUUUCUGACCUUUUUCACUUAGCGUAAUACUUUUGAAAUCCAUCUGUGUUGAGGUUCAUCCGUGUUACUGCGUGUACCAGUAAUGUGUUCCUCUUUAUUGCUGUUACUCUGUUGUGUGGGUAUAGCACAGUUUGCAGUUAUUCCUGUCUGUUGAUGGACAUCUAGGUUGUUGAUGCACAUCUGAGUUUUGAUCUAUUAUGAAUAAAGCCGCUAUAUACGUAUGUUACAAGUUUGUGUGGAUAUAUGUUUAAGUACCUGGAGGUGAAAUUGCUGAGUUUUAUGAUAAGUGUAUGUGUAGCUUUUGAGGAAACUGACUCUUCCGAAGUAUUUGUACUGCUUUGUAUUCUGACCAGCAAUGGAUUAAAAAACUUUCAGUUGUGCCAUAUCCUUGUCAGUGCUUGCUACCGCUGUUGGUUUUCAUUUUAGCGACUUUAGUGGAUGUAUAAUGGAUCUCAUUGUGGUUUUAAUAUGCAUUUUAAUAUGCAUUUAAUAUGAUGUUGAGCAUCUUUUAUAUGCUUAUUUGACAUUUGUGUAUCUUUUUUUGGAAAGUACCUUUUUAAAUAUUUUGCCCAUUUUUCAUUUGGGUUAUCUUAUUGAGUUGUAAAAAAUUUUUCUAUAUUCUGGAUAAAAAUCCUGAGAUAUAUGUAUUGUGAAUAUUUUGUCCGCAUCUGUGGCUUGCUUUUUUGUUUUCUUAAUGAUACCUUUUGAAGAGCAGAAGUUUCUAAUUUUGAUGAAGUUCAGUAUAUUUCUUUUAUGGUUGUAUUUUUUGUGUGCUAAGAAAUCUGUGCUUACUCCAAGAUCAGAAAGAUUUUCUGUUUUCUACUAGAAGUUUAGCAGUUUUAGCUUUUAUACUUAGAUCUGAUUCAUUUCACAUUAACUUUUAUGUAAUGUAUGAGGUAAAGGGCUGGAAUUUUGAUUGGAAUUGUAUCGAAUCUGUAUAUCAGUUUGGGAAGAAUUCCCAUCCUAACAGUAUCAUAUCUUUGAAUUCAUAAUUAUGGCAUAAUUGUCAUUGUUUUAGAUCUUUAAUUUCUUAGUAAUGUUUUUUUAGUUUUCUGUGAAUGUCUUGUCUAUAUUUUAGUUAUGUUUAUCCCUAUUUCAUAGUUUUGAUGCUUUAAGAAGAGCUUUUAAAAUUUCGUUUUCCAGUUUGAUACUAUAACAUAGAAAUAUAAUCAAUUUUUGUAUAUUGACCUUGUAGCCUAGAACCUUAAUAAUUCACUUAUUAGUUGCAUUAGCUUUUUUGUAGAUUCUUUAGGCUGUUCUACAUAUAUUAUCAUGUUGUGAAUAAAGACAGUUUUCCUUCUUUCCAAACUGAAUGCCUUUUAUUUCCAUCUCUUGCCUUAUUACACUGGCUGGAACCUCCAGCACAAUGUUAAAUAGAAGCUGUGAGAAUGGACAUUCUUGCUCUUGUUUAUAAUCUUUUGGUCUUUCACCAUUAAGGAUGAUGGUAGCUGUAGUUUUUGUAUAUAUCCUUUAUUAAAUUGAGGAAGUGCCUUUCCUAGUCUGUUAAACACCCUUUUUAUAACAAGUGGGUAUUGAAUUUUGAUAAAUGUGUUUUCUGCAUCCAUCAUAAGAUCAUAUGAUUUUUCUCUUAUUUUGUUAAUAUGAUGAAGUACAUGUAUUUUUCAAAUGUCAAAUCAACUGCAUUUCUGAGAUAAAAUAUACCUAUUUAGUUAUGAUGGAUUAUCCUUUUUAGGUCCUUUUUGAUUCAAUUUGGUAAUAUUUUAGUAAGGAUUUUUAUGUCUAUGUUCAUGAAAAAUAUUGGUCUGUAGCUUUCUUGUAAUAUUUUUUUUUUGUUCUUGAAUCAGUAAUGCUGACCUCAUUAAAAAUAGAGGUUGAAAAGUAUUUCCACCUGCUCUUUUCUCAAAGAAUUUCUACAGAUCUGGUAUUUUUGUUCAAUAGUGUUUAAUAGAACUAACAAGUGUUGUCUUCUAGACCUAGCAUUUCCUUUUUGGGAAAGUUUAAAAUUAUAAGUUAAGCUUCAAAAAUAGCUACAACAUAGACCUUGUCAAUUGUGUCACACUGAGUGAUAGUAUGGUUUGUUUAAAUUAGGAUUCCCCCCAAAAGUCCGUUUGUUGCAUUGCUGUUAUGUCUCUUAAUUAGUCUUUUAUAAUCUAUAGGUUCCCUUUCAUUUUUUUCCUUGUAAUUUAUUUUUUUAAAAACUGAGUUGUUUGUCCUUUAGAAUUUUCUACUCUUUGUAUUUUGUCUAUUGCAUCCCACCUAAUGUCAUUUUUUAAAAAAUUUAUUCAUUUUUGGCUGCGAUGGGUCUUUGCUGUGCAUGAGCUUUCUCUAGUUGUGGCAAGCAGGGGCUACUCUUCAUUGCGAUACAUGAGCUUCUUAUUGCUGUGGCUUCUCUUGUUGCAGAGCAGGGGCUCUAGGCAUGUGAGCUUCAGUAAUUGUGGUGCGUGGGCUCAGUAGUUGUGGCUCUCAGGCUCUAGAGCACACGCUCAGUAGUUGUGGCACAUGGGCUUAGUUGCUCUGCAGCAUGUGGGAUCUUCCCAGCCCAGGAAUUGAACUCAUGUCCCCUGCAGUGGUAGGGGGAUUCUUAACCACGGAGCUACCAGGGAAGUCCCCCCCCCCAAUGUCAUUAAUGUUCCUCUGUACCUACAUUUCCAAUACAGUAAUUAGAAUUCUUCAAUUUUCUGUAAAGAAUACAUCAUGGGUAGUUUUGGAUACCUAGACCAGAAGUUAAAUGUUCCUGGCUCUCUCUCUCUUUGUAAUGUCAACAGUCAUUGACUAUCAUUGCCUAGAUUCAUUGUUUCAUUAAAGGCUACAAAAUGGUGAUGAGUGUUAGAAUUUUGAUGUUAGAGAACAUCUUUGAAGAAAAACUUCCCCAUAUCAACUGUUUUGUUACCUUGGAAACAACUUAUGUAGUGUAGGCAGUUUAUGUAGUGGAGGCUUUGUUCUCCCCUUUAUUUAGCACUUUUGAAAAUAAUAGGUUGGUUCUCUAGUAUCCUCCAAAGGUGACUAGUGAGGUGUUCUGUUUUGUUUUUGUUAUCAUUAUGAAGUCAUGCAUUGAGACAUAUAUGAUAUGUUUCAGUCCUUGCAGUUAUUAUUCAUAUUGAUGUUGUGUACAUCCCGAACUUCUGUAGAUCAUGCCAAGUUCAUUUUUUCAAAAUGGCUCUAAUUUUAUACCCCACCAACAAUGUAUUAGAGUUUCUAAAGCAUACUUGGUAUUUUCAGACUGUAAAAUUUUUACAAAUAUGAUUGGUGUAUAAGGGUGCUAAAAGUGUGCACACACACACGUGAUUUCACUGCAUAAAUGUGUGUGUGUAUAUAUAUAUAAUUGUGAUUUCACUGCUUAUUCAUGUUAGAAAUUUAUGACAUGAACUAUUGAUUUUUUAUUGUAGAGUAUGAUUUGGCUCUCUUACAUUUUCUCAAUAUAUUUACUUACUACUUCUGCAUCUGUUCCCAAUGUAGUUGAUUAUAAUUUUGGCCUCAAUCUGUAUUCAUUGUUUAAUAUUACCAUGUAAGUAUUAUACAUAGUUAAUCUCACCUAGUCUAUUAUUUUACUUUCUUGUACUUCUCUUUGUUUUUUGUGGAGUCAAUAAUUGCCUUGUUUUUUUGUUCUUUAGUUUUCCAUGUAUAAAUUACAAAUAUCCCCUCUGACUAAUAGAAAUAUAAUACUCCCCUCAAUAUUCCAAAUAUAAAAUAAUCCAUUAAUUUUUUCUUUCUUUUUAACCUACAGACAUCCAUACCCCUCUCUCCUGCCUUAAUCUCGUUUCACUGUGUUCUACUGCAGAGCUGUUGCCUUGAGUUCUCUUUCCUCGUUGUUCUUGGAAUUCUCUUUGCUUAUUCCUUGUAUUGAACUCAAGAAAGAGAAAUAUUUACCCAGUUGUUCAGAUUUUAGUGUGUGGACUUGCUCUGGUUGAAAGUUGUUAGGACGCAGGUAUGUCUGGUGUGCUCCUCUUUCCUCUUCUGUGGUGUGGAAUGGGGUGGGUGACCUGGGAGGGCGAAUAUAAGGUUGUGAAUGAAUGGUAGAGAUACUGAUAUUGAUGGAAAGUCAAGAAGCCCAACUAUCUUUCUCUCUUUUCUUCCAAAGUACUUCGAGCCUAGGGCUAACGCCCCACAUGUGGCCCAGGGCAGCUCAGGCUAAACAAUAGGGUCAAAUGUUCUCUCUUGCUAUGAGUCUCUUUUUCUCUGGUUCCAUUUCUGGUAUACCCUGAGAGCAGUCAUAGUUGCAGCAACUUAGACUCAGGUUCAGUGGUGGUGAGAAGGGCACGAAGUGGGGGAGCAGUGAAAAGAGAGCAAAACUUCAUGGCUUGUUUUGUUUUGAAACUAUGACAGGUAGUUUAGGAAAAAUGACUGUUUUGUGUAAUGUGGGUAUUUCUGCAUUAAAGUCUAAGGCCAAAGGCAUAGCUAACAGUGAAUACUACUCUGCCUUGAUUAUUCCACGGCGCUUUGUGUUUGUGGCUCAAAUAAGAAACUUGUGGAGAGGGGUGGCCGUACUCUGGGAAAGGACUCUUGCUUUCCAUGGUCUUCUAGUCAAAGUACCACUUUAAUAGCCGUACCAAUAUCACAAUCUUUUCUAACACACUUGACCUAGUUGGUUAGAUCAUGAGAUUGUCUUAAAGAUUAUGAGAUGGUGUUAAAAUUAUCUUCCUGUCUGCUAUAUCCUAUCGGGACCAGGUGGGAUUUAAUACUAGCCAGUUAGAUAAUCAGAACAGUCCUGCAUAGAAAGUUUGACACGCUAAGUAGUCAGAAACAAGUUUCCCAUAACAAAAAACUGUUUGCAUAACACGGUUGGUAAGUCUUAUAAAUAAAUGAGGAAUAGAUGGCAAACAAUGCUGAAGUUUUUCUUCCUUUGGCAGUUCUUUUUAGAAUAAGCCAGACUCAACAAUAAAAAGACAUUAUGUCCCCCUGAAAUUCACAUGGUGAAGCCCUAACCCCCCAACGUGACUGUAUUUGCAGAUAGGACCUUUGAGGAGGUAAUUAAGGUUAAAUGAAGUCAUAAGGGUGGGCCAGUGUGACCAGUAUCCUGUUAAAAAGACACCAGGGAUGCAUGUAUACAGAGAAGGCCAUGUGGCAAGAUAGCAACAAGGCAGUCGUCACAAGCCAAGGAGAGAGGCCUUGGGAGAAACCAAAUCUGCCAGUACCUUGACCUUGGACCUUCAACCUCCAGAACUGUGAGAAAAUAAAUUUUUGUUGUUGAAGUCAACCAGUCCAUGGUUAAAAAGACAUAUUAUCCAAAUUAAAAUUGCACAAAUGAUUUGAAUGGCUGUUUCUCCAGAGAAGAUAUACAAAUGGUCAAUAAGCAUACAAAAAUAUUCUCAACAUUAUUUGUCACUAGGAAAAUGUAAAUCAAAACCACAGUGAGACACCACUUCAUACCCAUUAGGAUGAGUAUAAUAAUUUAAAAGAGAACAGCAAGUAUUGAUGAGGAUGUGGAGAAAUUGAAACCCUUGUAACAUUGCUGGUGGGAAUGUAAAAUGGUGUAGUCACUUGGGAAAACAUUUGGCAGUUUCUUAAAAAGUUAAACAUAUACUUAGUAAGUGACCCAGCAGUUUUACUCCCAGGCAUAUAGAAUUGAAAACAAUAUGUUCCCACAAAUAUUCAUACACAGCUGUGGUUAUCAGCAUUAUUAAUAACAGCCAAAUAAUGGAAUCAACCCAAAUGCCCAUCAACUGAUGUAUGGAUAAACAAAAUGUGGUAUAUUCACAUGGUGAAAUAUAUACUAUUCAGCCAUAAGUCAGGAAUGAAGUCCUGAUUCACACCACACCAUGGAUGAACCUUGAAAAUAUUAUGUAGACAGUAAAGGCCACAUGUUGUAUGAUUCCAUUUAUGUCCAGAAUAGGCAAGUCUGUAGAGAUACGGUGGCUGCCAGGAGCUGGGGGAAAGGUGAAUUGGGAGUGACUGCAAAUGGGCAUGUGGUUUCUUUUUGGGAUGAUGAGGAGGUUCUGGAAUUAGGAGUGAUGAUUGCACUCUGUGAAUAUGCUACAGUACUUUACAAGGCAAAUUUUAUUAAAUGUGGGUUUUAUUCCAAUGAACAAGCCAGAAUCAGCGUUCUGGGUGGUGAACCUGAAGUAAAGGAAGAGUGAGAUUAUGCCUUGACUAUUAGUAGUGCUAACUUCUGAAUGAAGCUUUGUUUUUCCCCCAUGAACAUGGGUGAUGAAUAUAUACAUUUAUAUAUAAAUCUAGAUGUCGCAUUGUCCACAUACAUGGAAGAAAAACAAAAGCUUCUUUCACAAGUAAAAUAUUCUCCAAAAACAUGUUUCUUAUUCAUUGGUUAGCAUGGUAAAAAACAUUUCAGAAGUUUGAGCCAGAUCUCUUUUGCUGAGCUAGCCCUACCUCAGCUGAAAAUCACCAAGCCAUCAGGACUGUGACAGUCUUGUUUUUCUGAUGUCAUCCAAAAAUAUCUUUUAAAAAACUGCGGGAAAAAAAAAAAUCAUAAGCUCACUCCUGGGGAUUGUUGCUACUCAAAGUGUGUUCUCAUACUGGCAGCAUCAGCAUCUAGGAUACACCCCAGACCUACUGUGUCAGAAACUUUGUGUUUUCACAAGCCUUCCAGAUGACUCUGAUGCAUGCUAAAGUUUGAAAAGCACUGAUCUAGAGAAUUUACAAGUAGGAAGGGCCACACAUUUAUGCUGAUUUUUAAAAUAAUAAAUAUUUGGAUUCUUUACAGGUAGCAAGUUAGGCAUAAUACUGUCUCCCUUACCAUCCAUCCAAACUGGUAACUUUGAGGCCCCUUUGCACCCAGAUCUUGGUUUCUAAAUUCCCUUCUUCAUCAACACUGUUCUAUUCUUGCAACUUUACCUUCGACAUUGUUUUAAAAUAAAAAAUUUUAAAUAUUUCAAUUUAAAGACAGGAGGUGACCUGAAACACACACACACACACAAAUCACACACGUUUUCCAAAACUGAUAAUACGGAACUCAGAUUGAGUGU